UACCUGAACUUGGUAAGGUUAAGGCUAUCAACGGUACCUAGCGGAUUAACAGGUACCUACCUGCCCGAGCUCUAAGUCGGCAUUGAAACCCUAUCAACCUCCGAUCCAAUCCCGAGCAGCAAUUGUUCGAUCCAUUAUUUUCUUCACUACUUGUCGCUAACAACUCCGGGCUGUCUAUAAAUAUUCUGCCACCUCGCGAUACUUGUCUCGCCCUUCAUAUGUCAUGAGGGGCUCCAGAUCUACCUGCUUGCUGUGUCGCCACUUAGCAGCAAGUUCGGGCGGCGCAGACUUAAGAGUAGCGAAAUGGCAAAUCCACGCAUCGCGAUUUUCGACCACGGCCACCCCGCGAAGCGAUGACUCGACGAUCGCGUCGACGACUCCAACCUCCAAUGCGCCUCCCCCUUCAGAGGUGGCAGCCGACACUUCAGGACUGGACAAAGUUCGGAGGGUAGUGCAAAAUGACCACAAGAGCACUUCCGACAUAAAAUGGCCUCAGAAUAGAUCCAGAAAGGUCCCAGGGGCAGCUGGCGACUCAGCUCGGGUGGACGCCUUGUUCCAACAGAUCGUCCACAAGCAAACUACAGACAAAGAUGCACCAGUUGGAACGCAACAAACAAAUCCCAAUAUGGACUUGGCUCUCGUCGAAGCCAUUGGAAAGCUAAAGCUUAUGGUCGAAAGGGACGAACCCGAGGCAGACGCAUAUGCCUACCUCAAAUCGGAGAUAUACCCGUUACUUCAAGAACCAGACGUAACCGUACCCAGGGUUUUCUCUAUGGUAGUGUUGAGGCUGAUGGAAAAAGUCGUUGCUGCUAAGAAGGAGUCGAUACGUUCACCUGAGCUACCAACAGUUGCCGACAUUUUUCGGGUUUACACGGAUAUUGGCGAAAUGAAGCCUCAGCGAUGGGCCGUACUCGCGGGAGAAUUAAUCCAGAAAAUCAUAGAGAUAGAUCCCUCCGCCGAGGAGCAAGACCCUGCCAUAGUCGAAGGUGGACUUGCCACCCGCGAUGCCAUGCUCGCGGAUCUUGUCGAAUCCUGGAAAGUUCUCUCCCUACCUCAAACCACACCCGUGGCGCCUGAUGAUGAGUUGAUGGAUGGGUUCUGGUUCCCGAAACUCGAUAAAUUCUCCCUGCAGAAGUUUUCACGUGAAGGAAACUUCCCCGCGGCUUUCAGUAGUAUUUUCCCACAAUAUCCCCCACACAAUGUCGGUGCUCCUGUGGCCCUCUUAGCCAUUGCCACAUAUGCUUUGUUGCUCGAUGACCAACGAAGCAAUCUCGAUGUCAGACAAAGUGCUGCUCGUUUUGUCUCUCAAGUAGCCUAUCUCAUCUCAUUUGUGAAUUAUCGAGAUGAUGCCUUGCGGAAAGAAAUCUCAAACACCUUCCCGGCGAUUAAAGAGUAUGUUAUGGCGCGGUGGCUCGACAUCAAGGCACAGCUAAAAGACAGAAUUGAGUCGAUGGCGACGUCUGCCACAUACGCAGAAUCCAAUAAAUCCUUAUAUUCGGCCAAUCACGAUAAAAUCAACCCGAUCUCCAUGGGAACUCAUCUCAACCAUGCAUAUCUAACCCGGAACACUAGCGAGGUAGACAGGACCUGGCAAAGGUUUGUAGGGUCCGAGAAAGAUAUUCCUUUGGAAAAGGCUGCUGAGCUUCGAAUGUACCCCGAUCUUUUCGACUUCUUCAUUUAUACUCGCAUGGCCUUGAACCAGCCUGAUCAUGCCAUCGCCGCGCUAAAUACUCUGCGCAAAGUCGGGCUUAGACCGACGAUGAAGACGUGGAACAGCAUGCUCGACGGUUGUAAGAAGUCUCGCAACGUCAACGGCAUCAAGAAUGUGUGGGCAAAACUUGCGGGGUCCGGAAUGAAGCUGGAUGCGAAGCUAUGGACCACUCGUAUAGCCGGCCUCAUUGAAUCUGGUGAUGUCGAGAGCGGAAUAAGAGCCCUAGAGGAGAUGACGAAAUUGUGGAAUAGUAGCUCGAAAGAAGAGAACACCACGGCUGUCAAACCGACUAUAGAGCCUGUCAAUGCUGCCCUCAACGGUCUAGUACGUCAGCACCAAGUCGCCGCUGCCGAAAGUCUCCUAGCUUGGGCGGCUCGGCAAGGUAUCAAACCUGAUAUCUUCACAUACAAUAUCCUAUUAGGCCGCUUCGUUCGGGAUGGAAGGAUUGAGGACGUGCGGCGAAUAUUUACUAUGAUGCAGGGUGCCGGCGUAUCUGCGAACGAAGCGACAUUUACGAUAGUGCUGGACGAGGCGUUUACUACGAUAGAUCCGGAUGACAUAGAAGAACAAACGAGAACGGUGAUAGGUAUGCUCGGCCACAUGAAAGCGGUCGGGAUGGAACCGAACCUGCAGACAUACGGCAAGAUAAUUUAUCGCCUCCUCCAGUUCGGCGACCGGGCCAGUAAUGGCAUCAAGACCGUGCUAGCUCAUCUAUGGGGCCACGGCUACGAGCUCUCGCCACAAAUCUUCACGAUGCUGAUGGAACAUUACUUCUCGCGCAACCCCCCCGACCUAGACUCCGUCGACUCGCUAUUGCAGCGCCGCCGCGUACUUAACUACGAUCACGUGGAAGACAAUAUCUUAUACGACCGCAUCAUUAAGGGCUACGCACUAGCCGGCCGGCCCUCCAAGGCCCUUGAGUAUUAUUACAAGCUUAGCGCUGCCGGCGCCACUAUCAUCCUAUCUACACAGAUAGAGCUACUAUAUUCGCUGCUCCGCGACGGCCGCGUCGACGACGCGCGCGACAUGGUCGCUAAUACAAAGAGGCUGUUUGAGGAGUCGCACAGCGCCUCGGACGAGGUAGAGAGCGCCCGGUUCUGGGGCCAUCGCUUCUGGCAGCUGGCUUUCUCGAAUGGCCUCAUCGAGGAGAGAGAUGCUGCUGCUGCCCGUGUUUCUUCCCAGAUUGGUGAGACUUAGCUUAGCAGCCUGUAAAUAUUGCAUGUAAAUGGCGUAAGCAUAGAUCUCGGGGCAUGACAUGUAGACUUGGUUGAAGACUUGGUUGAAAACUUGGUUGAAAACUUUGUGGCACGUGUUAUAAAUGAAUAAAGUGACGAGUUCAAAAUA